CUCUGCGGUGUGACGUCAAUAAGAAGCGACGGUGAGCAGGCCUACGAAAUCAAUACACAAAAAUAGGACGGGGGGGGAAAUAAGGUUUUGUUGUUUUUGGUUAAAUAAAUCCGUUUGAUUCAACACAAUGCCGAAAGUGAAAAGGAGCAGGAAACCACCUCCGGAUGGCUGGGAGUUGAUUGAACCGACAUUGGAUGAAUUAGACCAAAAAAUGAGAGAAGCCGAGACGGAGCCUCACGAGGGAAAGAGGAAGGUGGAGUCCCUGUUACCGAUAUUCAGACUGCAUCAUCAGAGGAGCAGAUAUAUCUUCGACUUGUUCUACAAGAGGAAGGCCAUCAGCAGAGAGGAAGUUCCCAAGAGCAAACUGGAGGUGGGGAGGAUUAUAGAGUGCACCCACUGUGGCUGCCGAGGCUGCUCCGGCUGAAUCGUCAGGAUCAUCGCCUGACUGUUCUACUCUGGCUCGUCUAGUCAGGUCUGGAUCGCCUGGCUGUUUUGCUGUGGGGAUCGUCUAGCCUGGCCUGGCUGUUCUGUUCUGGAUCGUCAGUUAUUUUCUACGGGACAUCAGGGCUCAUCUACUCCACCUGUGUGCUUCAUUACCCUGGAGCGUCUAAUCUCAAAUAC